ACUAGUAUCAGUAGUGACUUCUCGAGAAUAAGCAAAUAAUGGUGUUUUUUAAAAGUUUUUCAAUAUGUUUGUUAGAAAUUCUGGCUAUUAUUUUAAUGAAAUCUUAUGCAGAUGAAAAUUGUGAAACAGUUCCCACUGAAAUUCAUGUUACUAAAGAGGAGUUUGAUGAUAUGGGAAGAUUAGUAAGAUCAUGUAGUGGAGAAGUAAAUGUAAACAAAUGUGAAGGAAUGUGCAAUAGUCAAGUUCAACCGUCUGUCGUAACGUCAACAGGAUUUUUAAAGGAAUGCUUCUGCUGUAGAGAGAACUUUUUGCGUGAACGACUAGUGACCUUAACGCACUGCUACGAUCCCGAUGGACUCAGGCUUGAAGACGAAGAUCAUGCAAUUAUGGAAGUUCGUCUACGAGAACCCGACAACUGCAAAUGUUACAAAUGUGGAGACUUCAGCCGAUAACAUUUUAAAUGCAUGUGUUAUUUUACUAAGUUUAUAUCUUUGUGGAUAAUUGUACUUAAUUUACUAACAUGAGAAUUUGUGAAAAAUCAUUGUUGAGGCCAUUUAAUGAUAUAGUGUGAUAACAAAAAAAAUCUAAAAAAAAUAAUAAUAAAAUGUUAGCAAUAUAUAGUUUAUUAAUAUAAUACAAUACUUACUAAUAUAAUCAAUACCUAGGAAUCUAAUUAUCAAUUUUUUUAUCAUACUAAAACAACUGUAAAAUUUACUACCUACUCACAUGAACGCCUGCAAUACGACUACCUAUAAAAGCCCUCAUACUACCACAGCCCCACAAAGUAUGUAUUCUUUGAUGUCCAUUAUGCUGUUCAUGUCUAUAGACGGCGGUUACCACUUUCUAUCAAGUGGGCCU